AAGUUAUCUGCCUACCGUGGCCUGCGCUUCAUUUUGUAUAUUUCUACUUCUAGGAUUAUUAUUAUAUAUACAUACAUCAUCGAGGCAUUAUUGUAUUUGGAACUAUUAUAACAAAAUAUUAAUAUCCUUUAAAUUAACAAUACUAUCUACUCAUAAGUAUGAGUUGUCACUUCAUCCGUGCAAGCUACAGCAGAUAUAAAACCGUAAAUUUAUUAUUAAGGGCUUAUUCUUGCAAAAUUCCUACGGAUGUUGCGGUAACCUUAGGAAAGCUAGAGAAAAGCGAAGUAAAAGUGGAUAAAAACACGUUAGCAUUGUUGGAGAGGCUUUCAUUAGUGAAGUGCGAUACUGCAGAAGGUGUAACAGUGUUGGAAGAUACGAUAUCUUUUGCGAAUCAAAUCCUGAAUAUUAAUACUGAAGGCGUUGAGCCUUUAUACACUGUUUUAGAAGACCAAAAUCUUACUCUACGUCCAGACGAAGUUAUCAAAAUAACUCAAGGAAACUGUCAGAAGGAUAUUCUACGAAAUGCAGCAGUUGUAGAAGACGACUACUUUGUCGCACCACCUGGCAAUAUUCCAUUACACGAAGUAGAACUUGAACAUAACCAAAACAAAAACAAAGUCAAACAAAAUGAGACACGAAAUUCGUAA